AUGGACUCUAUACCGAGGACAAAACUACCGAAUGAAGAAUUUGAUAAACUCAAAAACAGUGCUGGAGUACUGAUUACAACAAAUGGUUUCUUUUCGACAUCGACAGAUAUCAAUAUUGCAUUAAAAUUUGCACGAACAAAACGUGAAACAAAUGAUAAAAAGACAGUACUGUUUGAAAUUACAGCCGAUCCUCGAUUAAAAACUGUUAUUUUUGCCGAUAUUGAAAAGUAUACUCGCGAAGUAGGUGAGAAAGAAGUUUUAUUUAGCCUUGCAGCAGUAUUUAAGAUAGACGCAGUUGACUACGGUUCAAACUUGGAAAUGUGGAAAGGGAGAAUGACUGCAACUGAUGAAGGAUCAAAAAAUGUUCAACUAUAUUUAGAAUUACAAAGAAAAGAAAUGGAAGAAUGUAACCCAAUCGUCCUCUUUGGUGUACUUAUGUGGCGUGAUAUGGGUCAGGGGGAUAAAGCUGAAAAAUGUUUCACUAUGUUAUUGGAAACAUUUCCGAAAGAUCAUGAAGAUAUCGAUAGUGUUUACAACAAUUUAGGAAAUAUAUUUGGUGAAAAAGGUGAAUUAAAUGUACCCCUUGAAUACCAUCAACGUGCAUAUGAUAUACGUCAAAGACGUUUUCCCACAAAUCAACUACGUAUUGCUGCUUCGCUAAAUAAUAUCGGACUGAUAUAUAAAGCCAAAGGCGAUUCCACUCAUGCCUUAUAA